AUGGUGGAUAGGGUGGAGAUCAAGCUGAAAGAGAAAUUAAAGAAGCUAGAGAAGCUAACAGCUGAAGGAAGAAAAGCUGUGAGAACCCUAGUGAUACUGGAAAUAGCGUCCAGACGUGCAUUAGGGGUAACUACAGUCUAUGAACUACAGAGUUUGACGCUACCAAAUUGCCAUAUCCUCAAUGUUAUUGAUACUCCUGGGCUAUUUAGUCUGUCUCCAUCAACAGAGUUUACCUGUAGAGAGAUUUUGAAGUGCGUGCGUCUGUCAAGAGAAGGGAUUGAGGUUCGUGUGGUAUUCUCCUUGAGAAACCGGCUAACAGAAGAAAAGAUAUCUUCGCUUUUUGCGUUAAAGAUCCCUUUUGGAAGCGAAAUUUUAGACUACAUGAUUGUUGUCUUCACAAAUGAAGAUGCACUUGAGGAUGAUGGUGAUACUGAUACAUUGGAGGAAUAUUUGAAAGACUGCCCUGGUUUCAAUGAAAUUCUCGAGUUAUGCAAUGCCCGAAAGGUGUUUUUUGGAAAUAAGGCGAAAGCCCCUGAGAGUCAGAAAGCUAGGCAAGCUCAGGAGCUACUAUGUUGA